AAUUGGAGAAACAAUCAAUAUUACUCUACAUAUCAAAUGAAGGCAUUUUUAGUCAAAUUUGAGUAACAAAAGCAUUACAAGAAAAAUGCAAAAUGAAGAUUAAUUAAAAAUCUGCAUCUAUGGGAUGUGUUCUACUCUUAAAUGGAACACAUUAUAAUUAAAAAUCUGCAUCUAUGAAAAAAUCUGAAUCUAUUGACGAAAAUAAUUUUCGUUACCUAUUAUUUUUAUUUCUUUAUUAUAUGUGACAAAAUUUAUAAUUCCUCAUGGAUUAUUCUUAUUUAGUGAUGAAAUUUGUUUUCUUCACUAAUUUUCAUCACCAUAUAUAUAUUCACAAUAAAAAGAUUUACAAGAGAAAUUUAGGAGGGGGGAAAAAAAAAAAGCGCAACACACCAACCAAUACACUAACAAACCAUUCCCCCAAAUCACAUAACAGACACUAAAGAUAAUAACAUCAACAGAGCACAUAUCUAACAGAGUUGUUAAUCUUCAUAAUUGAUAUCCAGCAACAACAAAAACUAAUAGUCAUAAAGCACCUAAACAGAUAGAUAUCCAGAGAGCAAGAAAGAUUCAAACUUGCUUGUGAUAGAUAUAGACAUAAGUAAGGCCACAUUUUUACCAUAGUAGUGACAAGUGAAAGUUCCAGCACCCACACAUGAUAAAAUUUGUCUUCUUCUUCAAAGAACAGAAUGAAACCAAAACAAAAUUCAACUCUCUCUCUCGAUUCUCUUCCUCAAAUCUUCAUCAUUUUCUUUCAUUUUCGUUUCAUUGUACUCACAAGGUCAAUGUCUUUCACUUUCUUUACUCAAAUAAAGUAAACCCAAAUAUAUUUACGAAAUUUCUGUUCAAAUAAAAUAGCAAAUUUUUUUAUUCCAAAAUUUUUUUUCCCCAAAUAUUUGUUCAAUAUGGGGAAAUGAAGCACAAAUCACCAGGAUUAAAUCCCUAUUUAUAUAUCUAAUCCCUGAGUAGAACAUUAAUGGCUAACAAUUAACUACCAACAAAAAUAGAUUAUUGCUUGAAUUCCUAGGCUUUUUUCUCUUCCUUCCAUUCCAUCCAACACCUGCCUAUCAAUUCAGACACCACCCCUCGCCAUUAACACAAGCUCAAAACUGAUUCUCCCAUUUGAUAAUACUACCAUCCAAUAAAUAAAUUAGACAAAAUCUCUAAAACAUCACCAGUCCCCAUUCACACACACACACACACAAUAAAUAAAUAAAUAAGAUCCAACAGAAAAUCUAUAUUUUACAAGCAAUAGUGGUCGAUUUCAGCUCAAAUUAAACUCUUUGUUUUAACUAGAUUCAUGGCUUUUAUUCCUUUCUUCGAGUUGUAUUUCUCAAGUCUAUAUUGAAGGACAAAACCACCACCACCACCGACUCCUACAUCGAGCCUCUCAGUUUGUUGAGUAAAUCAAAUGGCAACAAUCGUGGGCAAUUGAGAUUAGCAUUGGUAACACAUCAUGAGCCAUGAACCAAAGAAAGAUUGUUGACUCAAAACUCAAAGGAAGUUUUCUGUUUAAAAUCAAAGAAAGUUUUGAUGCUUUCAUAAUACAAGCCAAAACAAAGCUAAUAAACAAAUAGAAUGGUAAAUGGAGAUGAUGAGGUAGCAAAUUAGGUUAGUUAGCCUAAGUGCCUAUUAGUUAGUUUAGGUGUCAAAUUUUUGUUUGCAAUUAGUCUUGGUUUAAUGCUCUGUUUUAUCGUGUUUUUGGUGACAUAGACAUUCAUAUGAAAAGAGUCCAAAUACAACUAAGAAAGUAGAGUUGUAAUCUGUAAAAAAAAAAUAUUGGAGCCCAAAUCAUCAAGUUCCUAUCAUUCAUUUUAGUUGUGAGAGUGCUUUUGAAGGGUAUCUUCUUCCUUAACCAAGGAUUGUAAUAUUUCAACUUCUAAAAAAACAUGAAAAAAAACUCCUCAUAGAACAAAACUAUGAUCACUCAAGCUGUUAUUGAGUUUAAUUUGUUCAUCAAUAAUCGGGAUAAGGGCAAUUUAGGUGUUGAGGACAGUCAAAAUUUACUUGAAAAAAGUUUGGCAACUACUGUUGAGGAAGCACAGGAAGAAAAAUUUGUAAAGGAAAUCACCAAAAGUGAUGGAGAAGUAAAAAAGGAAGAAUCGGAAUCCAAUUCAGAUGGGAAAUCAAACUCAGGUGGUGACCGCCCAAAUUUAGCAGAUGGAGACUCCAAUCCAGAACGUGGUGAGACUAGAACAGAAGGUGGUGAAACGAAUGACAUUGAGCGUUCAGAAUCAGAGGAAAGCCCAAGUGAAAAUCAACUGAAUUUGGAGAAGGGUAAGAAACCAGAUAAUGAGAAAAAUGUAGAGGAAACAAAGCAUGAAGAUAAAGUUGAUGUUCAGACUGAGGAGAAGAUUGAAGAGAAUCAAGGUAAGGAUUCAGACGUAAGGACUGGUGAAAACAAGAUGGAAGAUCAGGCACAAGACCAGUCUGAGAUUUUGAAUGAGACUAACAUCCAAAAUGGGCCUUGGUCAACUUAAGUGGCAGAGUCUGAGAAUGAGAAGGAAUUGCAAAAAAAUGUCUUGUCAAAAGAUCAAAAUGAGUGUAAGUGGAAAAUUUGUAAUAUCGCUGCUGGACCAGACUAUAUUCCCUACCUGGACAAUAUACAAGCUAUCAGAAAACUUCCAAGUACAAUGCACUAUGAACAUCGAGAGAGGCAUUGCCCAGAUGAAGCUCCAACUUGCCUUGUUGCUCUACCAGAAGGAUACAAACGACCAAUUAAGUGGCCUAAAAGCAGGGAACAGAUAUGGUACUACAAUGUUCCACACACAAAGCUUGCAGAAAUUAAGGGGCAUCAAAAUUGGGUUAAGGUUACUGGAGAUUACCUUACUUUCCCUGGUGGUGGGACUCAAUUUAAGAAAGGCGCCCUUCAUUACAUUGAUUUC